AUGGACGAAACCGGUAUUUCGACGACAACUAAAAAACCCCCUAAAGUACUAUCAAUAAAAGGAAAGAAACAUGUAGGCAUAAUUGCAAGUGCGGAGCGUGGUCAAUUAACGACAAUGAUCGGUUGUUGCAAUGCCGCUGGUUCAUUUUUACCGCCCUUCCUUGUUUUCGCCAGAAAGAAGAUGCAGUCUAGGCUACUCGACGGUGCUCCUUCCGGAACUCAAGGUUUGAGUACAACUUGUACACCAAAUGGUUGGACUUCAGGUGAGGUAUUUCUUGCUUGGUUGCAUUUCAUUGUAGAAUAUACACGACCUAACGCCGACAAAAAGGUACUUUUACUUUUGGACAACCAUGAGAGCCACAAAUACUAUCCUGCAUUGGAAUAUGCAAGUAAGAAUAAUGCUAUAAUUUUAUCCCUGGCCCCGCAUACUACUCAUAAAAUGCAGCCUAUGGAUGUGGUCGUUUACGGCCCACUAAAUACCUACUUUGAACGAGAGGUUAAUGUGUUCCAAAAGGCUCAUCCUGGGCGAAUUAUAAAUCAAUACGACGUGGCCAGACUGUUAUCACCAGCCUUUCUGAAAAGUUCAGUAGCCAUGAAUGCAGUUCAUGGAUUUGAACGGCCUGGCAUUUGGCCAGUAAACAAACACGUUUUUGGUGAAGAAGACUUUGAACCAGCGGAUGUGAUUGCGGGCAGAUCAGAUAUGAAUAUUAGCCGAGUAAGCAUACAUUUCUUACAAACAAUAGAAAUUCCUGAUACCGCUGCAGAAGCCUCUUCAACCCCUUUGCCCUCACAUUUACAAGAAAAGAUUUUAACAGUUGAUCCUUCAGGAGAAACGAUUCCGCGUCCAGACAAACCCACAGAGAGCAACUCAUCUAAGCCUCAACUUCAAGAAAGCACCCCAGAAAAAAAAAUAUUUAGAGUGACAUUGAGUCGCUUAAAGUUUCUUCUACUUUGGAACCGAAUGCGACAAGUAUUCGUGUUGUACAUUCUCUAA